GUGGUUUAGUUUAAUGGAGAAAGCGGCAGACACAUCACCUGUGAAAAACACAACAACAGAAAAUGAAGAAAACAAAACCGAAAAGAGGAAACCUCCACCACCUAGAAAAAACAAAUCGUCGUCUUCAUUGAGCACAGACAGUGAUGACGUCACAUCCGGGUCAAAGGUCACCGUCAGACCCACCAGCAAAGCUUCCGAAACCAGAGAAUUACAUUCGAUAUCUGAGGUAAAUAGUACAGUGUUGGAAACAGAAGCAGAUACAACACAUGAAGACGAAAAAGAAGUUUCGGUUCCUCCUACAUCUAAAAGAGACAUCCGUCGCUCUGCAAAACCUCGGCGAUCCUCUUCAUCCGGAUCUGUUACAACACAAGAUUGCUCCACAAGCUCUUCUGGAGGUUCUUCCGCACCAUCCUCCGCUAUUGCUGGAAGCCCGUCCACCGGUUCCACUUUUUCCACUGUUUCCGGACCUUCUCCGAGCUCUAGAAGUUCAACAUACAAAACAACAGCACCCUUGCGUAGAACCAGCACCCUAGGACAAUUCCAGCAAAACUCGGUCCCUGUAGGAGACGCGAAUAGCCGCUUGCUGAAAAUGGCUUUAAAGCGAGAAUGGUCGCAGCUCGAACUUACGUUACGUUACAUGGCAAGGUCCGAUCCUGGCCUAUUUGUUGUGGACGACGAGACUGGGCUUAAUCCGCUCAUGCUCGCUGCACGUGACAACCGCUUGGUGGUAGUAGAGCGCCUCAUUGAGAUGGGGGUUAAUAUUAACGACAGAGCUCGAGAUGGACAAGCGGCAAUCCACUUUGCAGUGACGCAUGGCCGAGAAGAAGUUGUUCAUCUUCUUAUUAAAAAGAGGGCGGAACUUAACGUGAAGGGCGGGGAGAAGCAGCAACUACCAUUACACAUGGCUAGCUCAAGAACCGGAAAUAAUUCGUCGUCCAUUGCACAAGCUGUUGUCAGGGCAACGAGUAAAAACCUCCGCCUCGUGCCAGACAAGGAUGGUAACAUCGCGCUUUUCAAUGCAAUCAACGAAAACAACCAAGCUGCUUACCGUGAACUCCUCAGCGUGUUCUCGGAAGAGCAACUCCGGUACCAACAUCCGGGAUCAGGGAAUACAGUCCUACAUCUUGCGUGCGAAAGAAGAGACGCAGAAAUGGUGAAACUUUUCUGUAAAAAGGGGUCGCUUGUUAACGUUCAAAACAAAGAAGGCAUAACCGCAUUACAUAUAGCAGCGUCCAUGGGUGAUAUACCGAUCAUAGAAUGUUUAUACGCGCAUAAAGCGGACCCAGGUUUACUGGACCAUAUGGAGAGAACACCACUUCACACGGCCGCUGAAAAAGGUCACACAAGUGUCGUUGAAUUAUUGGCGGAUCGGUUUCCGAAGGCUGUUUUACGACGAACUAAGGACGGUAGCACCCUUAUGCACAUUGCUUCUGAAUGCGGGCAUCCUGAGACUGCGCUCGCGUUUCUUAAAAAAGGAGUUCCUCUGCAUAUGCCAAACAAAUCAGGAGCUGUGUGCCUUCACUCUGCUGCGAAAAACAACCACGUGGAAGUAGUUCGAACUUUACUUAUGAAAGGAGCGCAUGUGGACGCAAAAACUAAGAACAAGUUAACUGCCUUGCACGUCGCUGUGCAACAUUGUCGUCCAUUGGUGGUUCAAAUGUUACUGGGGUUCGGGGCUCCGGUUCAAAUGAAAGGAGGAAGCAAAAGAGAAACACCGUUGCAUCUAGCAGCACAAAUACCCGACGGCGAGCAAGUUUCCGAGAUGUUAAUAAAGUCUGGCGCUGACGUCAACUGUGAACGGGAAGAUGGGGAGACAGCUGUACAUAUGGCGGCAAGAGGAGGAAAUUUAAACACUUUUAAACUAUUGUUAGAAGAAGGAGGCGACCUACGAACGCAAUCGAAGUCGUGUGAAAACGCCCUGCACAUUGCUGUACGUCAUUGCAGAUGGGAUAUUAUCAGUCAUAUGCUGGAAUUUCUUGAAGCCAAAUAUUCUAGAUAUGAAGCAACGAUGUGUGUUAAUAUGGAGAACAGGGAAGGGGAAACCCCAAUGCACCUUGCAGCGGAAUUAACAAGAGAGCGAGCGCACGUCGACGGGGAGGAAUUAAAAAUCGUUCAUCUAUUGUUAACUUAUGGCGGAGAUGUGAACUUCUGUACCAAACUAACACAUGAAACCCCAUUACAUUACUGCGCACGAUCUGGGAAUGAACAUUCGCUUCGAAUAUUACUUGAACGCAUCGGGAAAUAUCCGGAUAAAAUGCCCAGUAUUAUAAACAGGCAGGCAAAGAACGGUUGGUCUCCGCUGUUAUUCGCAAGCGACGAAGGUCAUCAGGCAUCGGUUGAUAUCCUGCUACAACACAGUGCGAGAGUGGACGUGUUCGAUGAGAACGGUAAAGCUGCCCUGCAUCUCGCUGCUGAGAACGCUCACGACGUCAUAGCAGAUAUGCUCAUACGAAAGAAAGCUUUUAUUAACGCAAAGACAAAGUUAGGAUUAACACCUCUGCACUUAGCCGCACAACGUGGAUACAACGACCUUGUAAAGAAAUUGCUCAGUCCUAUUGGUUCUGAACAAAAGGCUUCAAUAGACGCUCUUAGCUUGGACAAGAAAACGCCACUACAUAAAGCUGCCGAAGAUGGGAAAAUUGACGUAUGCCAAACGUUGUUAAAUGCUGGUGCUGAUGUACUUGCUACAGAUAGUCACGGACAAACGCCUCUCCAUCUGGCUGCAGAAAACGAUCACUCCAACGUGGUGGGAAUGUUCCUGGCUCACAGAGGAAAUCUCGUAGAGAUAGAAAACAAGAACGGAUCAACCUGCGCCCAUAUUGCGGCCUCAAAGGGCAGUGUUGCCGUGAUAAAAGAACUUCUCAACUCAAACAGGGAGAGUGUAACAACGACCGCAAACAAGGUAUUCGAACACGAAAACAGAGUUUUACAUGGGUUUAGCAACCACGCUUUUAUUUAA